CUCCUUCUCUCAUUCUCCUCUCGCUUCUCCAUCUCCUCUCUCUAAUUCUCCUUCAGAUCAGAGAGCCCAAAACUCAGUUUAAUUAGUUCCUAAGUCAUAUAACAAAAUGUUGCAUCAAGAUCUUUGGAGCAUCAAUGCUCCAACUUCAAUCAGGCCAUCAAAAUCUGCCCCUUGCUCUCCAAUCAAACCAAUGCCAAUGCCUCGAUCAUCGUCUGAAUCCUUUCAUGUGGCCUUCAAAGUCCCCGUUGGUGACACCCCCUAUGUCAGGGCAAAAAGAGUUCAGUUGGUUGAUAAGGAUCCAGAGAGAGCAAUUGCUCUGUUUUGGGCCGCAAUCAAUGCUGGAGACAGAGUUGACAGUGCUCUCAAAGACAUGGCCAUUGUUAUGAAGCAACAGAAUAGAGCUGAAGAAGCCAUUGAAGCUAUCAAAUCCUUGAGACAUCGAUGUACCGAUCAAGCACAAGAAUCAUUAGACAACAUUCUUCUAGAUCUCUACAAGAGAUGUGGGAGGUUGGAUGAUCAAAUAGGACUAUUGAGGCGUAAAUUGCAGUUGAUUCAACAAGGCCUUGCUUUCAAUGGGAAGAGAACCAAGACCGCUAGGUCUCAAGGGAAAAAGUUUCAAGUCUCGGUGGAACAAGAAGCAACAAGAUUACUUGGGAAUUUGGGCUGGGCUUUAAUGCAAAAAGAGAAUUACAAAGAAGCAGAGGAGGCUUACAGAAGAGCUCUCAUCAUAGGACCAGACAACAACAAGAUGUGCAAUCUGGGAAUUUGUUUGAUGAAACAAGGGAGAAUCAAUGAAGCCAAAGAGACCCUCAGACAAGUGAAAUCAGCUAGCAUCAAUGGGCUCAGAGGCACAGAUUCUCACCUCAAAGCUUACGAGAGAGCCCAAGAGAUGCUCAGAGAUCUUGAGUCCAAGGUUUUAGGAAACAAUCAGAGCUGGCUCUUUGAUGCAUUCAUUGGUUCUUCAUUGAUAUGGAAGCCUCAGCCUUGUACUGAAUUCCCUAUGAAUCGAAACGCUGAAAAUGAUAAGUUUGCUAAUGAGAACGUUGUUGGUAUCGGUAGGAGCAAUUCUCUCAACAUUGAUGCACCUCCAUUCUAUUCUUCAAGAAUGCUGAAGGAUUGUAAUGAUCCAAUGGGGAACUUGAAGAGGACAAGAUCGGGGAAUAUUUUUGCAGAGAAAUGGAGCAAACAAGGGGAGAUUGUUGUGAACAAGAGGAGAUCUCUUUCAUUUGAGGAAGGAAGGGAGAAAUGGCCCGAGUUGCCCGAUACUAACGCUUUCGACGAGGCAAUAAUGGCAGCGGUCUUGGCGCCGGUUCUUGAAGAUGAGAGCUUCGAUAGGAGGAGGGAUCAGAGUUUGGUAAUGGAUGGAGGGCAAAUAGGGAAGAGGCUGAGGGUUUUUGAGGACAUCACUCUUGCAAUGAAUAACUCUCCAAAGGCAAAGGACAUUAUUACUCUUGCAAUGAACAAUUCUCCGAAGGCAAAGAUCUUGGUCUGAUGAUGAAUGGUGGUGGUUGUUAUUAUGACUUUUUUCAGUUUGAGUUGUUGGGUUAGUAGUAAUAGAAGUAGGAGGAGAAGAAGAAGAAGGAAGGAGAUGAACUUUUUCUCCUUGUUUUCUUUUAUUUAUUUUAAGUGAUUAUUCUUAAGGGAGGAGAGAGGGGUACGAUGGUAUUUUGUUUUGUUAAUUUAAUUUGUAGAGGGGAGAGGGAUGAUGGUAUUUGUAGAGGGGAGAGAGCUCUCUGACUGAACAAGCCACAGAGUAUGGGAUUUGUUAACACAACUGCUAAUAAUGUUAUUAAAUUAAUUCACUUUCUCAUAUUUCA